AUGCUGAACGUUCGAAUAUCCUCUUUGCCCCCAGAUCGGCAGACUGCUGCCAAAGGUUGGUUCAUCAUGGAUAUUCCUUGGUCAACACCCUGUCUGACCUGCUUAGAUUGCCGGAGAUGCAUAAAGCGCCGCAUCAAAUGUGAUCGGACUACUCCGCGAUGCCAGAAAUGCACUAUUCGCGAGUUCCAAUGCCCAGGGUACGAUGCGAUCCAGCUCAAAUGGGGCCUCGGUGUCACUAGGAUACAGAAACCGUCUGAGAAAUCAUCAGCGACCCAGUCUAGCGACAAACCCAAGGACGCGGAUAGAUCUAGGAGUUCUGCUCUUGUUCCCCGAUCAAGGGUUUCUCCUGGGCGAGAUAUUGAACAUCACGUCCCCUGGAUCGACCAGAUCAACUCUCCAAGAUCCGUCGAGAGCACGCCAUCGCCCACAAAUGAUAGAUCUCUGGUCGACAGCUACACAUCAACUAUUCUAUCUCGCAAUCUUUUCACCCACUUCAACAUCAAAGUCGCACCCCGGCUGACAUGGGUUGACCGGCCUGACCAUCCAUGGCGCAAAGUUAUCGCCCCUCUAGCACAGCGUUCAGGAUGUCUCGGUCUCUCCAUCCUCAGCGUUGCAGCAGCACAUCUAUCAUUCACAUCAUCAGAUAUCCCGUCUACAACAGCCACAACCCAAAGCAUUAACCAUCGUCUCCGCGAUGCAAGUCUCCACCGACUCAACCAAAAAAUCAACACCGAGCUAGCAAAUGCCCAUUCAACAACCGACCAUCUCUCUCGAGACUCCACCUUGAUCGAAAUCCUAGCCACAACACUCGUGCUCUGCUACGGCGAGAUGCUCAUCCCCCACUCAACAGACUGGAACCUGCAUCUGCACGCCUGCCGCGUUCUCAUCGAGCGCUACACCUGGCGCAACAGACACAACGAGCGGCCCAACGCCGCAAUCGACUUUAUAAUCCGCGAAGUAGCCGACAUCGAAGUCUUCCGCAACAUCGGCGCCUUCUCCAUCGAACAACCCUUCAUAGCAGACACCGUGCACCACAGAUCAAUACAAUUAGACGACUACUUCCACACGUUUACAGGGGUCUUUCGCGAAAUAACCGCCGAAGAAAGACGCAGAUAUACCCUUUCCCAAACAGCCCAAGAAGAACUAGCAAAAGGAGGGAAAGCAGACCAAUCACACUCACAAGCUCCACCUCUACCCAUCGACAUGGCCUCCUGGCGAGCCAAGGUCGAUCUAGCACACACCCGCGCCUCGGCCGAUACAACCCGACUAAUCACAACGCACGGCGCCAACACGCAGAAAUGGAUGGACUCGAUCGUCCGGGCCGUCUACCACGCUAGCUUGAUCUACGCCUACCAAUGCCUCGCCCCGAUACCCGAAGCUACCGCCGAAAUCGGAACAUCCAUGCCCAUUCUCCUAGCGGAAAUAGACUUCCUAACCGCCGGCCCGGUGCAUAGCUUCUCGCACGACAUUUUCGUGCCGCUCUUCAUUGCUGGGACGGAGUGCUGGGGGGAUCCGGGGAGACAGGGGGCUGUAGAGGGGCGGUUUAGGGAGUUGUUGUCGGCGAUGGGGAUUUGGUGUAAUUUUUCUGCGUUGAGGUUUUUGAAGGCGUUUUGGGGCGCGAGGGGGUAUCAUCGGGUCGGGGGUGGAUUCCUUAUGCCAGGGAGAAUGAGGGGGAUAAUGGGCCUUUUCUUGUGUUUUAGAUUUGGAUUACUGUAUGGAGGAGGAGGAUUUGUAUAG